GUGACGGGCUGCAGAGGGGAGGUGGUCCGGGACUCGGGCCCCUCAUUCCCUAGGCCGAAAUUCGCGCCCCCGUGGGUCGCGACCCUCCUCUCCUCCCUCUGUCCUCUCCCUUGCAUUUGUCGCACGCACGCAAAGCUGCUGUUUAGGAGGGGGUCGCCCUAAACCGUUGUCGAGCCAGAGUGCCUCCUCGUCUGCCGAUGCUGUGACUCCCAACUCGGGCUCCUGGGAGACUCCUCGGGCUGGCAUUCGGCGUCGGGUAGCCGUUGUGUAACAGCAGCAGCCCUGCCCUAGUUAUCUGUCUGGGAGGCGAGGAUCCCUCCACUGGCGAGCCGUGUUUAGGUGUCGUGAGAUCUUGUGCGAAGAAGCCCAUUGGCACAGCCCAGCCCGAAGCCCCCAAAGAAAGGAGAAGCACUGCUUGGCCUGAAAUCAGCUCCUCUUAAAUAAGGAUCCCCGCCCCUUUCUGCGGUACCCGGGUGGCGCUGGUUGAAGACAGAGCCUCCUCCUGUACGUGUUAAUUUAGAACAGAAACAGUCAUCGAUAAAUACGGUGCGGUCUUUCAAGGGCGCUGUGCGCCUCUGUGAUUAGGAGGAGCCCUUUGUUCUGUCUCUGGUGUGUGGCGCGUUCAUGAAAGCCUUCAGCAAGCCGGCGAAAGCUCCUGGCCUGGUUCAUGAAUACAGUAGACAUCUGUGGGGAAGCCUUUCCAUCUUUCCUGGCCUUUAAAUCUUUGUGCUGAAGUAGCUGUGAAUGUCUCGGUUCAAUAUUAAAACGCUGUGUGAUGUCAUCCUUAUGGUCCAGGAAAGAAAAAUACCUGCUCACCGUGUUGUUCUUGCCGCAGCCAGUCAUUUUUUUAACUUAAUGUUCACAACGAACAUGCUUGAAUCAAAGUCCUUUGAAGUAGAACUCAAAGAUGCUGAGCCUGACAUCAUUGAACAGCUUGUGGAAUUUGCUUACACGGCUAGAAUUUCUGUGAAUAGCAACAACGUUCAGUCUUUAUUAGAUGCAGCAAACCAGUACCAGAUCGAACCCGUGAAAAAAAUGUGUGUUGAUUUUUUGAAAGAACAAGUUGAUGCUUCAAAUUGUCUUGGUAUAAGUGUGCUUGCAGAGUGUUUGGACUGUCCCGAAUUGAAAGCAACUGCAGAUGACUUUAUUCAUCAGCAUUUUACUGAAGUUUACAAAACCGAUGAGUUUCUACAACUUGAUGUCAAGCGAGUUACACAUCUCCUCAACCAGGACACUCUGACUGUGAGAGCAGAGGAUCAGGUGUAUGAUGCUGCAGUCAGGUGGUUGAAAUACGAUGAACCUAAUCGCCAGCCAUUUAUGGUUGAUAUCCUCGCUAAAGUCAGGUUUCCUCUUAUAUCAAAGAAUUUCUUAAGUAAAACGGUACAAGCUGAACCACUUAUUCAAGACAAUCCUGAAUGCCUUAAGAUGGUGAUAAGUGGAAUGAGGUAUCAUCUCCUGUCCCCAGAAGAUCGAGAAGAACUGGUCGAAGGCACAAGGCCCAGGAGAAAGAAGCAUGACUACCGCAUAGCCCUAUUCGGAGGCUCCCAACCACAGUCUUGUAGAUAUUUUAAUCCAAAGGAUUACAGCUGGACAGACAUCCGCUGCCCCUUUGAAAAACGAAGAGAUGCAGCAUGCGUGUUUUGGGACAAUGUAGUAUACAUUUUGGGUGGCUCUCAGCUGUUCCCCAUAAAACGAAUGGACUGCUAUAAUGUCGUGAAGGACAGCUGGUAUUCCAAACUGGGCCCUCCAACCCCCCGAGACAGCCUUGCUGCCUGUGCUGCAGAAGGCAAAAUUUAUACCUCUGGAGGCUCCGAAGUCGGAAACUCGGCCCUGUAUUUAUUUGAAUGCUAUGACACGAGAACGGAGAGCUGGCACACGAAGCCCAGCAUGCUGACACAGCGCUGCAGCCACGGGAUGGUGGAGGCCAACGGCCUGAUCUAUGUUUGUGGUGGGAGUUUAGGGAACAAUGUUUCGGGGCGAGUGUUGAACUCCUGUGAAGUUUAUGAUCCUGCCACAGAAACAUGGACUGAGCUGUGUCCAAUGAUUGAGGCCAGGAAGAAUCAUGGACUGGUGUUUGUGAAAGACAAGAUUUUUGCUGUGGGUGGUCAGAAUGGCUUAGGUGGUCUGGACAAUGUGGAAUAUUAUGAUAUUAAGUUAAACGAAUGGAAGAUGGUGUCACCGAUGCCGUGGAAGGGUGUGACCGUGAAGUGUGCAGCGGUUGGCUCUAUAGUUUAUGUCUUGGCUGGUUUUCAAGGUGUGGGUCGAUUAGGACACAUCCUUGAAUAUAAUACUGAAACAGACAAAUGGGUUGCCAACUCCAAAGUCCGAGCUUUUCCAGUAACAAGUUGUUUAAUUUGUGUUGUUGAUACUUGUGGAGCAAAUGAAGAAACCCUUGAAACAUGAAAAAUGCAUGAACUUCGAGACUCAUCGGAGACUCAGAAAUAUGGCCACCAGAGCUUUGUUCCAAGAGUUUGGUUACAAAGUUUUAGUUUGGCAUUUUCUUUUUUUUAAGGAAGUUUCAAAUAAAGAAACAUCCCUAUAAAAUCGGUGUUUUUUUAACAUGGGUUUCCUUACUUAAUUCAAAGACCAUAUUUUAGCUGGCCACAUCACCAAGAACAUAUCUAGCAAGAAAACUUGAAAAAUUAUAAGCAUUUGAUGAAAAUACGAAUUCUUAAAUGAAUGUCACACUUGUAACUACGAUUAUGACAGAGUGGGGGAUUGGCUCAUUAGUGAAGCAGUUAUCUUAGCUCUAGAUUCUAUUUUCAUAUCACAGAAGUGCUAUGGCAUUAGAUCUGAUUGUUUCAGUUCAGUCAAGAACUAAGACACAGUAUGAAUUAUAAGUCAAGAUAGGCAACUCCGAUGGAGCAGUUUAGUCUCACAUAAUUUGUCUUCAUGUGUCCCAUUUAGUGCCAAAUUUAUUCCAUUUUAAAAGCAAGGCAGAGUGAGUCAAGGCAUACACACACUCUCUCACAAAACUUCAUAAACAUUUUGGAAUUUAAAAAUGUACCAAACUCCUCAUGAAAUAUAUUCAGUCCAGUUAAAUAUAUUCCAUCUUUUAAACCCAAAAUACCAAGCUUAUCACCCAUCAUUAGUUUGUAUCACUGUUUUACCUAGCGCUUAAAAAAUUAUUAGGCUCUUCAGUCCUCGCUGUUACAUAAAAUCCAAUCAUAAGAGUGACUGACUAGCAAAAAAUAAAGCUAUUUAUAGCAAAUUUAUAGGUCACUAGAAUCGCCCUGUUAUCCAAUAUCAAUGUUGACUUUGAACUUCUUAUGAAUUAAAAUGAUACAUGAUUUCUUUUUCUUAGCAAGACACAUCAGAGGUAUUUGACCCCAUUAAAUCUAAGUUUUGUAAUAAUUUGAAUGAAAUAUUUGUCACCUUGUAUAAAUUGCUUUUAUGUGGUCAAUAAAUCUUUUAUAAACUCAUCUGCUCAUUUCUUUCCUAGUAAUGUUUUGCCCUUUUACAUUAUGGAAUGUGUGGAGUGAGCCAUAUAAAGCUGUCACCAUCAAUGUUUUUAUCUGGUAAUAUUAAAUAUUUUUUAACUAAAA